UUUCAACAAAAACAUAUUUAAAGGUAAAGCCAGCCAGCCAGCUUGCGUGAUAUUCGCGGGGGAAAAGACAAACACCAAAUUCUUCACCAUUGCCACCGCCGCCGCCACCACCCACGAAUCGCAUCUCCCUCUGUUGAUAACCUUGUCAUCUCCAAUAAACCAGGAAUCUCUCUCUCCCUUUAUUUCUUUUUAAAAGGGAAGCGAAGAGCAAGAAUCAGCUGCAAUACAAUUUCCAUUCACAUUCCUUGGUCACUCCUCAGGGACGCCUUCGGUGAAAGCAGGCCUUUUGACUCCAAAAUAAAAGGCAAAAACAAAAAAUUAAAGUUUCUUGGUCGGUGAAGUGUUAUCAUCUGGGCUGUCAAAGGAGGACGCUUGACAACCCGAUUUUCUUGGACCCUUUAAGCAAGGUGAUUCUCCUCUUCCGUAUUUGGUUAUCUGGGUUGUCGUCUGAUUCGGUUGCCUUGCCUUGCCUUGCCUGGUCAUAGUCUUAUGACAGAUUCUUUUCUUCUAUUUCCUCCAUGGGUUCCUUGUCCGGAAUCCUUCAAAGACCGAUAGUCGCAGCUGCUGCCGUUGCCGUGACUUCUGUUUCUGCUGACCUUUCCGAUAAAUUCCCAUCUCUUAAAUCAUUUGAUACCUAUUCCGCCCGUGAACAAUCACAUUCUUCAUUAUCUAAUUCAAUGCAAGAACCAAACUUUUCAUGGGUUUCUCAUAUAUUAGUUUCUAAGCUGACCAACUUGUCCUUCGUCACUAGAAUUCGUGUACCUAUACCCAACGCUAACUUCCCAGUUCCUAAUUCAGUUCAGAAAUUUGUCCCCAAUGCAAUAGCUUCUUCUACUCUUCUUCUUAGUUCAUAUCAGUCUGCAGAGUUGGCAAAAGGACCGAAGCCAACCACAUUUACAAGUACAUUCCCUACUUCCCCUCCUGAUGUGUUGUACAGAUGGCAUUUACCAGAGCCGGAUGCUAUUGAUGUUUCAGGGUCUUCUGAUUGCUCGUUGGCUAAGUCUAGAACAGUCGUGGUUCUGUUAGGAUGGUUAGGAUCUAAGCAGAAGCAUCUUAAGAAAUAUGCGAAGUGGUAUACUUCAAGGGGAUUUCAUGCCAUUACUUUCACAUUUCCAAUGGCUGAGAUUCUUAGUUACCGGGUUGGUGGGAAAGCUGAACAAGAUAUAGACUUGCUUGUGAACCAUCUGGCUGAUUGGCUAGAACAGGAGCAUGAAAAGAACCUGGUUUUCCAUACUUUCAGCAAUACUGGAUGGUUAACAUAUGGAGUUAUACUAGAGAAGUUUCAGAAUCAGGAUUCUUCCUUAAUGGGAAGGAUUAAGGGUUGUGUUGUGGAUUCUGCACCUGUUGCAGCCCCUGAUCCCCAGGUCUGGGCUUCGGGUUUCUCUGCAGCUUUUCUAAAAAAGAACAGUGUUGCUACUAAAGUACAUGUCAUCUCACAUGAGUCAAAUGUGGAGGUAUCAGUUGGCAGCAAAACAUUGGUAGAACCUAAACCUGCAGCAACUGAAGCAGCUUUAUUAGUAAUUUUGGAGAAGUUCUUUGAGGUGAUUUUAAAUCUUCCGACUGUGAACAGGAGGCUUUCUGAUGUGCUAAGCUUACUAUCAUCAGGACAACCUAGAUGUCCACAGCUAUACAUUUAUAGCUCUGCGGAUAGAGUCAUCCCUGCUAUGUCUGUGGAAUCGUUUAUAGAGGAUCAGCGAAGAGCCGGGCAUGAUGUUAGAGCUUGCAACUUUGUGUCCACACCUCAUGUUGAUCAUUUCAGAAAUGAUCCAAAAAUGUACGGUGCUCAGCUUAGCCAAUUUUUGGAUGAUUAUGUGCUUACUUGUUGUAAACAUGCUAAUUGAAGCCAUUGGGCAAUAUAUUAAACCCUUCAUUCUUUCCUUUUUUUAUUUUUAAAGAAAAAAAGAAAAAUUACAGUUGCAAGCUUAUAGAAAAUUGGCACAGAGGUCUUUUAUUGAUCAUAUUUGUCGUUGUUAUUCUUAAAGUGUUCGGGACAUUGAAUUCAGUUCUUCCCCUUCAGAGAAUAGGUGUGAUUAUCAAGUGGGUCAUGCCUCAGUGACUCCUGUUAAUUGUAAUUGUUGUUUACACGAGUAAAGUUAUGUAAAAUUCAAUUGAUCGUAUUGCUUGAGUCGAGUUUUCCUCUUUUUA